AUAACAAUAAUCCAAACACAAACACCCCUUAAGCAUAAAACUGUGCAGAUUUCUUUUCCCCCAAUUUCAUUCUAGGUCUUAUCAAAUCUAAAAAUCGAAUUUCACCGCAGGUGGUAGAGUCUUGCGCCGGAGUACCGAAAGAUCGCAAAACUCAGCCAACUAGUGGAGACUUUGCCGGAGAACUUAAAGAGGAAUGUCGAAUUCGGAGGGUUCAUCUACUGCAACGCCCAUCUCCUCCUCUAAUAUUGGUUUUCAGCUGCUGAAAAAACACGGUUGGAAAGAAGGAACCGGCCUUGGUAUUUCUGAACAGGGAAGGUUGGAGCCUGUGCAGGCAUUUUUAAAGAAGAACAAACGAGGGUUGGGUGCAGCAGAGAUAAAGAAAUCACAGAACACAGGGGAUCAAAAAAACUUGGCUUCUGAUAAGACUAAUGAUAAAUUAUCAAAGAAAAGUAAAGCAAAGCUGUCAAAGAAGAUGAAGAAAGCUCAAGAAAUUGAGAAGAGGUUACAAGAGAAUGAAUUCCAACGUGCUUUCUUUAGGGAGUUUUGGCCAGAUAAUGUUUGAUGCAAACAUAAGUAAACUUCCUCUCUUCUUGAAUAUUCAUCAUCAUCAAGAAAAAGAAAGAAAACAGAUAGUUCUUUUGUAAAUACUAUACUUGUAUAUCAGAGUUGCAAUUAUCAAAUUAAUAGGAGUUGAAAAUGGAAUAUUUUUUA